UGUGUUUGUUUGUUUGUGUGUGUGUGCAUGUCUGUAGGAUGUUGUUGCGAAAUGAGGCAUAAAAACGGGAAAGUAUUAUAAACAGACAAUAACUGAAUACUAGAGCUGCUCUGCUAGAAAAUAGGAUGUGUUGCAGGCUGUAGAUCAUGAUAUCGGAACUAACAAUCGUCUAACGUACACGAUUGUGGCCGGAGAUACGGGCAACGCGUUUGACAUUGCGGACUCUUCCAAAGGCAUUGUAACUGCUACCAAGAGGCUGGACCACGAAACGAUGCAGAUGUACACUUUGACAAUUGAAGUUCGAGAUGGUGGCCCAAAAGGCGGAAUGACGGAUUCUGCCACGUUGAUUGUUUACGUGAAGAAUCUGAAUGACAACUCGCCGAGGUUUGCCUCUCCAUCCUAUAGUUUUCAGGUAUAUGAGAAUGAAAUGGAUAUCGUUGUUGGUCGUGUCUCGGCAACUGACGCAGACGGACACAUGUUUUCUCACGGUCAAGUUUCCUACGACCUGAUUGGACGUAACCAUAACAGGUUUUACAUCGACCCAGCAAGCGGUGUGAUUACUACGACAGUGGCAAUUGAUCGCGAGGGUGCUGACAGCGAAGUGUACCACCUGUUAGUAGUUGCCAAAGACAAUUCAACGACGGAGAGACGACAAACCACGGCAAACCUUACCAUCACCAUACUGGACGAGAACGACAACGCGCCACUGUUUGAAGAGAACGACUACAAGGUAACUGUAAGAGAAGAGGAACCACCUGGACAGACAAUUACGAGGGUGUCGGCAACUGACAAGGAUAGCUCUUCCAAUGGAGUCGUUCGCUACGCAAUAGUCGACGGCUUGGGCAAAGAUAAAUUUGCAAUCGACCCUUCGACGGGCUACAUUUCUACCAGAACGUCGCUUGAUCGUGAAAUCCAAGAUUCGUUCACCCUCACUCUAAAAGCAGAAGACGGUGGUUCGCCUCCUCGAACAAGCAAAGCGAGUCUGACUGUGACGGUUGAAGAUAUCAACGACAAUCAACCAUACUUCGAAUCCAGUACUCCUGAUACUCUUUCAUUGCCUGAAAAUACACCCUUAGGAACAACAGUCUUGACGGUAACAGCAAGAGAUGAUGACAUCGGCCUCAAUGGCAAAGUUGCGUAUACUUUGGAGGGAGGGGAAGGAAAGUUUGUUGUAAACCGAAACACGGGUGAACUGACGUCUAGGGUGCUGAGGAGUGGCCAUUACACGUUGAGAGUGAUCGCCAGUGAUUCAGGACACGAGCCUAGGUCGACGACAGAGACUCUAGUAGUAACUGUGAUCGGCAACAAGGGAACACCAGACCAAGGCAUUAUUGUUCCUAGUACAGUUGUUGUCCAUGCCAAAAAGAACGCUGCAUCACCUGCCGCUAUUGGCGUCGUCACGGUUCUGGCUUCACUUUUCUUGCAUGUUGUAGUGACUAGCGUCUUGGAUUUGUAACCACAGCCAACAGGAGUGCGGCAAUUUUGGAGGAAUGUCACAAAUUAGAGUUGAGAAUUCAUUUUUAGUUUUACGUGGCAAACAACACAAGUGUGUAUACUAUUUCGUUUGACUGUGUUUCGGUCAAUAGCCUUGUAGUGCACGGGUAAUCUAUCGUGUGCAGUAGGAAUGUACUUUACUAGGGUAAUUACAUGGUUGAUGAAAUAUAUCAUUAUGCAA